AUGCCCACGCCAACGUGGAAGGACAGGCCAAGAACGAGGGACGGCGCCCAUGACGUGUCAACGUCAUGGGCCAAGGGUAUGUCUGCCCCACCACCCCAAUGCCCCGUACUCACCACGACAGGCGCCAGCGGCACGCAACAACAAAAACAACACACGAGGAGGCCAACGACACACAAGAACGACGACACGAAGACAACAACACACGACGACGACGACACGCGAGGACGACGACACGCCAGGACGACGAUAUGCGAGGACAACGACGACGCGCGAGGACGACAACACACGACGACGACGACGACUACACGCCGGGACGACGACACACGACCACGACCACGACCACGACACGCGACCGCGAUGACGACGACACGCGACGACGACGACACACGACGACAACGACGACUACAUGCUGGGACAACGACACGCAACGACGACGACUACACGCCGGGACAACGACACGCGACGACGACGACGAACGAGCAACGACGAAAACGCCGCCCCCACCACACCCGAAAAACGACGAGCGCCCGCCAGCGCUGA